AUGGACGCCGGCCGGCACACGCACCAGAAGAAGGAGCUUUUGAUGUCCAGCGCCCAAGCCUCGGGAGCCACCACGGUCGAAAACGCGACGGCGACGUCCGAGGACCGCCCGUUCAUCUGGAUCGACGGCAAGCUCCUGCCCAAGUCGCAGGCGACGGUCAGCGUGUUCGACCACGGCUUCCUCUACGGCGACGGCUGCUUCGAGGGCAUCCGUGUCUACAAGGGCGUGAUCUUCAAGUGCCAGUCGCACCUGGACCGGAUCUACCGCAACGCCGAGCGUCUGCGGAUGAAGAUGCCGCAGACCCCGGAUCAGAUGCGCGAGAUCAUGGAGGAGACGGUCGCUGCGAACGAGCUGACGGACGGGUACAUCCGCCUGAUCUUCUCGCGCGGCGUGGGGACGCUCGGCCUCAACCCGUUCCAGUGCCCGACGCCGACGGUGGUGUGCAUCGCGGACCAGAUCCGCCUCUACCCCGAGGAGAUGUACACGAAGGGGAUGAAGAUCAUCGUCGCGAAGCGUCCGCGGACGCCGACGGCGUGCCUGGACCCGACGCUCAAGAGCCUGAACUACCUGAACAACAUCCUGGCGAAGGUCGAGGCGAUCGACGCGGGGUGCCUCGAGGCGAUCAUGCUCUCGACGGACGGCUACGUCGGCGAGUGCACGGGCGACAACCUGUUCAUUGUCAAGGGGGGCGAGGUCUUCACCUCGCCGCUCGAGGUGGGGAUGCUCGAUGGCAUCACGCGGGCGUUCGUGAUGAAGACGCUCUGCCCGAAGCUCGGCGUGAAGCUCACCGAGAAGAAGCUGACGCUCGACGACGUCUACGACGCGGACGAGAUCUUCCUCACCGGCAGCGCGGCGGAGAUCAUCGCCGUGACGCAGGUUGAGGACAAGGUCAUCUCCGACGGCGAGGGCGAGGUCACGGGCAAGCUCCGCGGCGCGUUCCGCGCGAUCGUGACGGGCGACGACAUCCCGGUGGCGGAGCGUGGCCUUUCUCGUUGGCUGGACGUGCUGCUCGUGAUCGUGGCGGUGCCGAUCGCGCUGAUGAUCGAGGCGAUCAUGUCGAUCGUCUUCGGCGGGUACGGCGACGAGGGGAGCGGGGGCGUGAGCGAGCAGGUGUACGGCUCGCUCUGGUACGUGACGUCGUGGAUCCCCACGUUCGCGAUCCUGGCAUACUUGAUGAUCUCGCGUGGGGAAUCGUGGGCGCGGUUCGGGUUCACCCGGUUCCGAAUCGGCGUGGACGGCUCGGUCGGGCUGCUCUGUGCGCUGGUGUGGUUCGCGUCGUACUUCUUUGUCGCCGUCGUGUUCUCGGUCUCCGGGCUCUGGAUGGUCGACGGGUGGCUCGGCGUGUACGCCGACUACGAGGCGAUCGAAUACGCGACGCCCUCGGGGUGGGUGUGGGCGAUCGUCGCGGCGGGGACGCUCGUGAGCGCCUUCGCCGAGGAGUGGGUCUUCCGCUCGUACCUGCUCACGCGGAUGUGCGACGAGGGGAUGGGUUCCGCGCGGGCGGUGCUCUGCUCGUCGGCGCUGUUCGCGACGUACCACAUCUACCAGGGCGUCGAGGCGUUCGUGGACAUCUUCGUGAGCGGGUGCCUGUUCGCGAUGGUCUUCCUGUGCCUGCGCCGGAUCUGGCCGCUCGUGAUCGCGCACUUCCUGUGGAACAUGUGGGAUGAGCCUCGCGUGGUGCAGGUCGGCGGGGCGGGUGAUUUUGAUGUUCAGCGGGUCGCCCUCGACGACGACGACGGGCUCGCCCAGCUUCUCGAUCAGCGCGGCGUCGUCCGUCGACGUGAGGUCGUCCUGCGCGUAGGCGCGCCGGAGGAGGCCCGCUGCGAAGAGCUGGGGGGUCUGGACGCCGACGAGGUGCUCGCGCGGGACGGUGCCCUGCACGGUGCGCACUUUCGUGUUGACCUUGCCCGAGUCGCCCAGGAUGGCGUCGAGGGGGUCGACGUCCGCGUCGUCGCGCGCGGUCUCGCUCACGCGCUUGAUGGUGUCGGCGACGGGGACGCCCGGGAUGACCGCGUCGUGCUUCUUGCCCGCCUCGAAGACGCGGUCGACGAGCUCCCAGCUCACGCAGGGGCGGGCCGCGUCGUGGACGGCGAUGUGCGUCGCGUCCUCCGGCACGAGGGCGAGCGCGUUCGCGACGGUCUCGUAGCGGUGCGUCACGCCGCCCUUGCAGACGGUGACGCCCAGGAGGCCCAGCUUGUCGCCGUGGCGGGUGAGGAAUUCGUCGUGGUCCGCGUCGUUGUUCGGCCCGGCGACGAUGAUCGCGCCGACCUCGUCGCGUUUGACGAAGAGCUCGACGGUGCGUUGGAGAACGGGGCGUCCGCCCAGGUCUUCGUCGAGCUUGGAGACGAUGCCGCCGAAUCUCGAGGAUUUUCCGGCGGCGGGGAUGAUGACGGCGAUGUUCAUCUCGGGCAUGGGGGCGGCUCGACAACGCCGAGGGUUGUGCCGGAGGGGAUCCUGUGCGUCGGGUGCGGGUACGAGCUGUCGGGCCUGCCGUUCGAUCCGGAAUCGAAGUGCCCGGAGUGCGGGCUGGAGAUCGAAAAAACGAAGGUCGGGCCGCUGCUCCGGUACGAAUCGCGGGAAUGGCUCGAGCGGACGGCGAGCGGGUUGCGUCUGCUGCAUCAGGCGAUGCGGGCUUUUGGUGUGUUCUUUGGGUUGCUGGUUCUGAUGGUGGUGCUCGUUGUCCUGGGCAUGAUCGUUUUCCUGAUCUUCGGGUGGGACGCUGCGCGUUCGGAUGCUGUAGCUCUUUUCGGGGAUGUCACGCGUCUUGCGGUUCGCGUUGGGUUUGUCAUCGCGCUGUGUGUGAUGAUCGUCGGCGUGUACCGCCUCUCUCGACCGCCCGAGGUGCUCAAGCCCGAGGGCGGGAACUGGCGUAUGUGGAUGCUCGCCGGUCCGUUCUGCCUGAUCGGGCUCAUCGUGAUCGGCGCGAUCGAGAAACGCGGCGGGCCGACGAUCGGCUGGGUCCGCUGGGCGAUGAGCCUGUCGCUCGUGCUGACGAUGGUGUGCGCGUGGGUCUCCUACAUCGCGAUGGAUCGAGUGCUGCACGAGCUGGACUCUCGGUGUGCGGGGGCGCCUGCACUGGAUCCGCUGCCGAAGAUGACGGCGGAUUGGAUCGGUCGUCGUGUCGUCGUGUGCAUGAUCCUGGCGAUUCCGGCGUUUGUUUCCUUUUCGACGGUUGCCGGUCUUGUGCAACUCGCGGUGCUCAUCGCAUGCAUGGAUAUCUUGAAAUGGGUUCGCGUUACGCGAGAGCGGGUGGCGAAGGAGCUAGGUCACAAGUCCGAGCACGCCGUGAAGGAGUUCGGCGCGAGCUUCGAGUCGACGCUCUGGCUCUCGAAGGAGAAGCAGGUCGGGCGGUUCGAGGUGAUCGCGGGGAUGGCGCCCCUCCACGGGCGGGUGGUGGUCGACGCGGGGGCGGGGAUCGGGGAUCUGGCGCAGUGGAUGCACGAUUCGGGCAUCGAGUACGGGCGGUACGUGGGGCUCGAGGGGGUGCCGGAGAUGGUGGCGAAGGGGAACGAGCGCCAAUUGCCCGAGUUCUCGAUGGUCCAGGCGGACUUCGCGGGGGACGAAAAAGCCUUCACGCGCCACUCGCCGGACGUGGUGGUCUUCUCGGGGUCGCUCAACACGUUCGACGAAGAAGCGGCCCGGGCGGUGGUCCGGCGGGCGUGGGACGCGGCGAGCGAGGCGGUGGUGUUCAACUUCCUGAGCAAGCGCAACGGCGUGAAGAACCCGCCCGACCCGAGCCCGGCCAGGCGGUUCGACCCGGUGGCGAUGGUGGACUGGGCGCUGGGGCUGACGCCGAAGGUGCGGUACCGGCAGGAUUAUUUCGAGGGGCAUGACGGGACGAUGUGCCGGCCCGGCCGGCUUGGUGUGACGCUCCGCGAUCACGGGUACGACCUGGACAUCCGGCGGCUCGACCUGGGCGCUGGGGUGCCGGCGGACUUCGAUGAGGUCGACGGGGUCGUCGUGCUCGGGGGGCACCAGAACGUGGACGAGAGCCACCCGUGGCUCGCGCCGGAGAAGGCGUUUAUCGCCGAAGCGCACGAGCGGAACCUGCCGGUGGUGGGGAUCUGCCUCGGCGCGCAGAUCAUCGCGGACGCGCUGGGCGGGACGGUCGGGAAGAUGGACGCGAUGGAGGUGGGGCUCGCGGACGUGGAAAUCAACGCGUCGGCGCACACGGACACGAUCCUCGCGGGGAUCGCGUGGGACUCGAAGCAGUUCGUGUGGCACGGCUACGAGGUGAAGGAGCUGCCCGCGGGCGCCCAGCUGCUCGCGUCGAGCGCCGCGUGCAAGGUGCAGGCGUACCGCGCCGGGAUGCGGACGUACGGCUUCCAGUACCACUUCGAGUGCGACCGCUCGAUGAUCGGGGAGUACGUCGAGAAGUUCCGGAGCGAGCUGCACGGGACCGGCGUGACGAGCGAGGAAUUCGCGAAUCAGCUCGAGGCGCACUACGAGAUGUUUGCGCGCCUGGCGGACCGGCUCUGCCUGAACAUCGUGACGUACCUGCUGCCGCAGGCGGCGAACAUCGCCGCGCACGAGACGCUCGUGCGCCCGCUCAACCUCGACCGGGGCGUGGCGAUCCUGGCGAUCAGCCAGCCGUCGAAGAAGCGCGGCGGGGACGUUGUCCUGAAAGCCAAUCGCAAGCUUUCCAAGGCGGAGUCGGGCGAGGCGAAACGUCAGGUGCGGCGCAUGCUGAGCCUGGCCGACGACGGCGUGAGGUCGUUCCACAAGGUGGACCCGCGAUUCAAGCGGAGCGGGCGGGGGCGGCUCUUCCGGAGCCCGACGCUCUUCGAGGACAUCAUCAAGACGGUGACGAGCUGCAACGUCGCGUGGACGAGCACGAUCCGCAUGAACGAGCGGUUGUGCGAGACGAUCAACCCCGCGUUCCCGACGGACCGGCAAAUGGCGCGCCGAAAGCCGGCGACGCUCCGCGCGAGGUGCUCCGUCGGCUACCGCGACCAGCGGAUGGUGGAUCUCGCGAAGCUGAGCGUGCGCGGCGAGAUCGACGAGGCGUGGUACGAGGACCCGGCCACGAGCGACGAGGACGCGCACGCGGCGCUGCUCGAGCUGCCCGGCAUCGGGCCGUACGCCGCGGCGAACGUGAUGCAGCUCCUCGGUCGGUACUCGCACAUCCCGUGCGACACGGAGACGGUGCGUCACGCGAAGACGGUGCUCGGGAUGACGGGGACGGAGAGGCAGAUCACGAAGAAGGUGCACGAGCACUACGAGCCGUUCGGUGAGCACAAGUUCCGGAGCUACUGGUUCGAGCUCUGGGAGUUCUACGAGGGCAAGCGGGGCAAUGCGUGGACGUGGGAGCCGGAGACGACGGGCAAGACGUUCACGGCGGCGCAGCUGAAAGAGCGGGCGUCGAUGCGCGUGCUCGAUAUGCCGGCGGGGUCGGGGGUGUUGAGCGUGCCGCUCAAGGCGGCGGGGUUCGACGUGACGCCGGCGGACCUGUUCCCGGAGUACCUGGCGGAGUCGAUCGAAGGGCCGGCGGGCGAGACGGUGGCGGCGUACUUCACGCGCCGCACCGAGGGGACGCCGAUGCCGGCGGACGUCGAGCGGGCGCUGUUCCCGAACGGCGCGCCGGCGGUGGACACGUCGAUCACGGCGACCGCGGCGGACAUGGAAGCGCGGAUGCCGUUCGAGGACGGGUCGUUCGACGUGGUGCUCUGCGUGGAGGGGAUCGAGCACGUUCUCAACCGGCACGCGGUGCUCGAGGAGUUCCGCCGGCUGCUCAAGCCUGGCGGGAAGCUCGUGAUGACGACGCCGAACCUGCUCUCGACGCGGGCGCGGCUCGCGUACGCGUUCGCGGGGCAGCGGGCGUUCAAGAGCUUUAUCGACGAGCACAGCUCCGUGUGGGGGCGGUCCGAGGACGGCUCGCGCCUGUACCACGGGCACGCGUUCCUCGUGAACUACUUCCAGGUGCGCUAUUCGCUGCACCACUGCGGGUUCCGGUUGACGGAGCUCCUACGCUCGAACUGGAGCACGACGAGCGUGCUCAACGCGUGGAUGGUGCCGCUCAUCGCGCUCGCGACGAAGCGCUCCCAGCGGAAGGCGAAGCGGAAGUUCCCGCUCAAGAAGGAGGACGGGCGCAUUCCGAGGGACGCGGUCGAGCCCUUCGACGAGAUCUGCCGUCACGUGCUUUCGGGUGAGCUGCUCUACAACGCGACGCUCAUGACCGUCUCGGAAGCGGUCUGCGUAGCGCUCGCGCGCGGUGUUCAGGGCGAUCUCGCCCAUCGCGCGCCGUUUCGCGUCGUCCUCGAUGAGCGUUCGCAUGGCCUCGGUGUACUCGGGUGUGCUCCGGCAGACGAAGCCGCCGCCCGUGUCGAGCUUCUCGACGAGGGCGGGGACGUCCGACGCGAUGACGGGCAGCGCGGUGAGCAUGCCCUGCACGAUCGCCUGCGAGAAGGUUUCCAUGGUGGAGGGGACGAGCAUCGCGUCCAUGCGCUGCAGGAACGAAGGGAUCUCCGUUGCCUGGAGCCAUUCGUACGCGACGAUGCGCUCGCUCGGUGUUUUCGGCGGGACCUGGAACGCGGCGAGGUGGAGUUCGGCUCUGUUGCGCACGCCCUCGGGGAGCGCCAUGAAGGCGUCGAUCGCGACGUUGGUUCCUUUGCAGGGGUCGUCGAGGUUGCCGAGGAGGCAGAAUCGGGUGACGCCGUCCGGCUCGGGGGGCGUUGCGGGCGGAUUGAAGUCGCGGGCGUUGGGGAUGCCGUAGUAGACGUCCGGGCGCGUGCCGGAGAGCUUCUCGAGCCCGUCGGCGAUGGCGUCGUUGACGGCGACGUACGUGAUGCCGAGGUGCUCGACGUCGUUGUAGAACGCGUCGCGCACGGCUCGGUGGGCGAGGAGGGCGGCGCGAUCGAAGCAUCCUCGCUUGUGGAGGCGCUUGAGGCCGGGCGCCAUCCCGCGGGCGGGGUUGCCCAGGAUGAGGCCGUCGAAACGGCGCGAGCCGAUGGCGAACGACGCGGCGAGGGUGUUCCAGAGGGGCUUGCGGAGCGAGGGGGUGUACACCGGCUCAAAGUCAACGCCGGCGAGGUGCUUCUCGAAGCGCUGCUUCCAGGAUUUGUCGGCGGGGACGGUGAGGCGCAGGCCGAGCUCGGCGAGCUGUCGGACGAAUUUCAGGUCGAAGACCUCGACGCCUCGGAUGGACUUGUGGAGCCUCCGCGAGAGGAAGCAGGGUGUGAUGAAAAGGACGGAUUUGUCGCGGAAUUCUUCGGCCAUGCGCAGGGCGCGAGCGGCAUGGCCAGCGGGAUGGAGACAGUGCGGGAGAGCGUGGUGAACCUGCUCGGCGGCGUGGUGGACUACGCCGGGCUGUUCCCGCCCGCGAAGCUGGAGAUGCGCCCGACGGUCGAGAACUACGCGAAGUACGUCGCGUGCGAGCACGAGUGGAUGCUCGGGCGGCUCAUCGUGCCGGCGUCCCGACUGACCGAAUUCGAGGACGCGGCGAAGGAUCUGCUCCCGAGGGGCGAGGAGGGGGACGCGUGGCUCAUCAGCGCGCUGGUGAGCGCGGAGGCGUUCGAGGAGGGGAUGGAUGCGAUCUUCGCGUUCAACGACCGCCACGCGCCGGAGGAGGAGGGGGGAUCUGGUGAGGCGAACGGGCUCGCGCUGGUGGACGUGAUCGAGACAAAGGCGGGGGACGUCGCCGGGGUGGACGCGAUCCUCGCGGCGCUGCCCGAGCAGCUCGAAGCGUUCAUCGAGAUCCCGUGGGAGGGUGAGAUCCGCGGGCUCGUCGCGGCGAUCGGCGGGGAUUCUUCGGGGGGCGGGAGCGCGAAGAUUCGCACGGGGCACGUGGACGCGAAGCUGAUCCCUCCGGUGGAGGCGGUGGCUCGAUUCAUCGCGACGUGCGCGAGCGCGGGGGUGCCGUUCAAGGCGACGGCGGGGCUGCACCACCCGAUCCGGGCGGAGUACAAGCUGACGUACGAGCCGGGCAGCGCGAGCGCGGUGAUGCACGGGUACCUCAAUGUCUUCGUGGCGAGCGCGAUGGCGCACGCGCGGAAGGCGGACGAGGCGGCGCUCCGCGAGAUUCUGAAGGAGACGGACGCGUCGCGAUUUGUCUUCGACGAGGGGGCGGUGCGGUGGGGGGACCUGACCGUGAGCAGCGACGAGCUGGUCUCGGCGCGGGAGCGUUUCGCGAUCUCGUUCGGCUCGUGCUCGUUCACGGAACCGACGGAGGAGCUGGCGCAGCUCGGAUUGCUUGGAUGA